AUGGGACUACGGAUCAUUCUGUCCCUCGAUAUAUCCGUUGAUCACCGGGCUUUGCCGGAUCUCCUAACAUUAUCUGAUAUUCAGAUAUGGGAAAAUACUUCCAAUUCUCUGAAAAAUAAUACUGAAGAUGUUUUUCUGGACUAUAGCCUUAUAUUAUCCAGUCAGCCCGCUUUAAAUUUCAUUUCGUUUACCAACACCUUUGUGAUGCCCGCCGAAUUACUAGUGAACUCAUGGGCUCAGCCGUACAGGGUUUUCACUAAUAAUUCACAAUCCCAGGAGUUCAUCAGCAACAUCUUGAAUCAGUGUGAGUUCAAAAGUGGUAUUGGUUCUAUUUCCUUAUUAAUCAGUGCCCUGCUGCAGAAUCUCGAGACCCAGAGUCGUAACAGUUCCUCGACGGCACCAGUGAUGUUGUUAUUUUAUUUUGAAAAGCAUGGUUAUGAUCGGUAUUCUUUAUGUGCAACUCCUUUAAAUACCAACCAGCGGGUUUAUGAUAGAGUCAAUGAUAUUUGCUCGAAAUCACUAGGAGGGUCUUUGGGAGGAGGUGGUGGGGAUGCGAAUUCUAACGCCCUCACAACCGCAAUGAUCCAACAAAUGAUGAUGAAUGACAGUACAAAUGGUGAAGAUCCAAAGCCCACCCAGAUUUCUGAAAAUAAAAAGAAAGAUAAAAUAGAUCAAGUCUUGGAGAAAAGAAAUGAUCCAACCAAGCUGCUUUAUAGGGCCCCGUCUGUAGUACUUCCAAACACUGAGAACUCGAAAGCAUCAAAGGAUCUGGCCAAUAAAAUCAAAUUAACCAUCCAACGGAUCAUCCUUUCGGGACUUAGACUACGAGGCAUAACCAAAUCAAGUUCUGAGUAUAAAGAUCUAUACUACCAUACUUUCCAAUCAGUAGAUUUUACGUUCAGAAACCACAUAAGGGCGAAAGUGUUACCACUGAUAGAUAUACUACAGGAUACUGUCGAUACUCUACUAAGCUUGUACCUUAAUGAUAAUAUACCUGAUCCUAAAACUUGA